CGCCCCCUCGCUGCUCAAGCGCAGCUCAAGCCUGCGGAACUGCGGAGCCGGGUUCUGAGCGGGCUUGGGGCUGUUGCCAUUGAAUGACCAGGAAGGCACUUGCUGCAUAGGGUUCCUGAGAACUGUAUCCACGGAAAGGAACCUUCAGGAAAUUUCUUUGGACACGGCUGACAUAGACAAACUAGUGCUCUGGGCCUUCUCUGGUUUCCUGGCAGCUUGAUUUCUAGGCAACAUGUCUGCUUCAGUGAAAGAAUGCCUUCAGCUUCAGCUGCUGGAGAUGGAAAUGCUAUUUUCUAUGUUCCCUAACCAAGGAGAAGUAAAACUUGAAGAUGUAAAUGCCCUGACUAUUAUUAAGAGAUAUUUGGAAGGCACACGAGAGGCGCUGCCACCAAAAAUCGAAUUUGUGAUUACACUCCAGAUUGAGGAGCCCAAGGUGAAAAUUGAUUUGCAAGUGACCAUGCCUCUCAGCUACCCCUAUGUAGCUUUGCAGCUAUUUGGAAGGUCACCUGAACUUGACAGACAACAGCAGCUGCUUCUCAACAAAGAUCUCACUUCUUACAUAGGGACUUUUGAUCCAGGGGAGCUCUGUGUGUGUGCAGCAAUCCAGUGGUUACAGGACAACAGUGCCUCCUACUUCUUGAAUAGGAAGCUUGCGUACAAACCAUCUACACAAGCCAAGCCAGUCAAGAACACAUUCCUCCGAAUGUGGAUCUACAGUCACCACAUAUAUCAGCAGGACUUAAGGAAAAAGAUACUGGAUAUUGGGAAAAGGUUAGAUGUGACUGGAUUUUCUAUGACAGGAAAGCCUGGCAUAAUCUGUGUGGAGGGCUUCAAAGAGCACUGUGAGGAGUUUUGGCAUGCAAUUAGGUAUCCCAAUUGGAAACACAUUUCUUGUAAGCAUGCUGAAAGUUUUGAAACUGAAGGAAAUGGGGAGGAUCUGCGCCUUUUCCAUUCUUUUGAGGAGUUACUCCUUGAGGCCCAUGGUGACUACGGAUUAAGGAAUGACUAUCACAUGAACCUGGGUCAGUUCUUAGAGUUUCUAAAAAAACACAAAAGUGAGCAUGUUUUCCAGAUAUUAUUUGGUAUUGAAAGCAAAAGUUCACACUCUUAGGAAGCUAUUGUGAGGCCUGUGUUUGUAACUUUACUAAGUAUUUCUAUUAAUCAGACCAAAAAAAAAAAAACAAAAAAAAAAGAGGAGGGGGUGGGUGGGCUGUAACUGUUUAGUGUCCUCUGUGAGAAACCUAGCUCCAGAAUUUUUACUUAGUAAUAAAGUGCAUAGGCCUUUUGACUUUAUAACCAUGCAAUUGUGAUGUUAUCUCCAUGUUCUCCUGUAAUUGCAAACUGAUUGUAAAUUAAUAAAAAGACAGUUUACCCAG